CUGGCCCCCCCUUUCACCCGCGCAACCCGGCCACCACAUUCUCCAAGCCGAAUCGUGGCGACCGCUGCAGCAGUUACCUGUAGUACCGUCGAGGUUCUCGCUCCUCUCGACUCAAGAAUCCGUUAAUUGCAAAUAUUUGUAUUUGUUCACGUAAAAAAGUUCUCCGAGAAGGGAUUUUGAAGGGUUUGGGCCAAGUACUGUUAGACGGGGGAUCGUGGAGCUAGACGUGUCCGCCGGUACGGCCAGAUUUGGUGCUCGCGGAGUGCGCUUUCCGAAAGAAUUCAAGGUGUGUUUUAUAACAGGAAUUCCGAGGUAACUGUAGUAGGCUGUCGCUGGUCGCGAAUUUUUUGUGUGUUUGUAUGGAAUUUUGGGUGGUUCAUACGGAUUAGCUGAUAUUUGGUAGCUGAUUUUAUUUUGAGAGAUAUUUCAUUCAUCAUGCCAGUUCUCCACCGUCCAAACCUUCUAACCUCAACUUAACCUGCUCAAAACCAUAAAAAUCUCGGAACUGUAACCUGCAAUUACCAAUUUCAUACCUAAUUGUAGCACCAACCCCUGAAAAUGACCGAAUCCACCCCGAUUUGCAGGUGUCGCGUUCUCUAUUUGGGAUCCAGCGUGCCUCAGCAGACAAAGGACGGUCUUCAAGGAAUCCAAGAACCCUUACAAGAACUUUACCCAGACCAGGGUGCAACUGGAGCCAAAGGUAUCGAUAGCUGGCUGAGCGUAUGGUCCAACGGAAUUCUAUUAGAAAAUGUCGAUGAAAACCACAAGAAAAUUACCAGGUUUUUUCCCAUAGAAAGUCUGCAUUACUGCGCCGCAGUUAGGUAUGUUCUAGUCCCAGAAAAAAAUACCCUUCAUUCGCCAUCGCCGAAAUUUCUCCCCCUGGAUUCGCCAUUUGCCAGAGCCCCCAAUCCGACGCAUCCUCCCCUAUUCGCCGCCAUUUUGAGAAGGACGACGGGAAUUAAGGUUCUGGAGUGCCACGCCUUCAUCUGUAAGAGGGAGGUAGCGGCAAAUGCUUUAGUUAGGUGUUGUUUUCAUGCCUACGCCGAUUCUAGUUAUGCGAAGCAAGUUGACACGGCGGGAAGUAUUUACGGCACCCUGGCAUCCGAAAGGCUGACUAACAAAGAUAAGAUAGAAGAAUGGAAGAUGAGUCGUUCCCAGUCCGGUUCUACCAUGACCAUAAACACCAUAACCAACGGUAAAGAUGACAUUAGCAUAUACAAUGGCGACGAGAACCACAAGGUUUGGGCAGGUAGUCAAGACAAUCUAGACGGCAUUUAUGACGUAUACGCACCUUCAUCUACGUUAAGCCGGCCUUCUAGACCUCGACAAAUCGCGCAACCUGUAUCUGUACCUCCGCCACCAAUCAAAGAGAAGAAGAAGAAGAGUAAAGGUCUGUCAAAGUCACUGGCAGGAUCGAGGGAAGAUUUGUACCAUCCUAUUAUGAAUGGAAAAGCUAGUAGCGUCUCAGGAACCUUAAUGAAACCAAGACAUAGCAUGCCAAGAGAUUUAAGGGAAAUGAGCAUGCCCCCUGGCCCUCCUCAACCUGUAUAUAUCGUAGGACCACCGCCAGGACCGUACCAAGGAACCUUACCAAAUCCAAAGUUUUUCAAACAUCAUGGAAAUACCUUUUCUCAUAGGCCGAAAGGCAAGAUGCUGAUACCAGCGAGACCUAUACCACCUCCCAUGGUACCAAUAGGACCAGUAAUCAUACCAGCACCCGCGCCUUCAACUUUAACCAAAUCGAAGAAGAAACACAAACAAGUGCCCAUGGAGGAACCGAUUUAUAUGCCCAGUAAUCGAGCGCUCAGUCCUGUAGCUAGCUACCAACCAGUCAACUUUCCCCACGAAGCUUACCUGAUGCAACAUUAUGCUACAAUGGAAAGUCAAGGUAAACAACGAAGAAGUAGAGAAAGAUCUGUGGAAAAGCAAAGCAAACUAAAUAAAAAAUUAGCCCAAAGUAUGAACGGACUUGAUGAUCCAAAUUUAAUAAGAGAUGAUGAAAGUCCAUUCAACACAGGAAUAUAUAGGAAAAAAGGCCACCUUAAUGAAAGGGCAUUCUCUUACUCUAUCAGGCAAGAACACCGAAGUCGAAGUUAUGGAAGUUUGGCGAAUUUGAAGUUUGCCAGUCCUAUACCAAAUGGAGUUCAUGAUGAUAUAGAUCGAGAGGAUAUAAAAAAAGAACGAGAAAUAAUGCAGAUGGUGCAGGAUCUUGACCUUUCCGGAGAUGAAAUCGAAAGAUCUGAGGUACCUCGAGGCAUGUACGACCCGCGCGGAAUGACACCUGGACCUGUCAUAAUGACAGGCGCUCAAAUUAAUGGCAGAGGACAACGCAGAUAAAAAUUGUAGAUAGAUAGAUUUACAAAAUUUGUGAAGAAGCAUUCGUAUAUUCAUCAACUUGAAUAUAAAUUUUAGUUUAUUUUAGUAGUAAUACAGACAUUGAAACAAACCAUUAUGAUAUUAAUUUAAAAUAAAUUAAUAAAUUACCGUUUAAGGAUUUCUUAAUAUAGAUAUUUUAGAUAUAUGAUAAGCAUUUUACAUAACUAAAUUAAUAUAUACGAGUAUAUGUAUGUAUAUUAGAUUUCUAAAUGUAGAAAAUCACAUUGUAUAAAUAAAAUAAAUAGGAAAUACUAGUACACACUGAUCAAAAUUGCUCAAUGCUCAAAAUACAACGUAAAGUUCAUGUUUAAUAAUCAUGAAUAAAAAUAUGAAGAUAUUUUUUAU